CGGGGCUCAAGCGGAAGUCCUAGACUUCACCUCUCCUAAAUUAUUUCAAGAUAUUGCAAGAUAUCGUAUUUUCAGACAGCCAAAAGUCCUUUCAAAGGGCGUCAUUACCUGUCGUUGCUGAAUAGAGGAUGAACCACCAACGAUUCCCUUCGCAUGAGGUCAAGGAGCCGCAUUCAGUGUCGCUCAAGGUGUUGAGAUUAUCCCGACCCUCGCUGGUGCCGCAAUUCCCACUUCAUCCUCCAGUGAUUCCACCGUCCUUGACCUCUCCCAUUGCCGGCACCUCGCCCGCAGCCCUUCCACAACGCCAUUUACCACCCCUACCAGCAUCGCUCGCGUAUAGCCCGCUCGGUCCGAUCAAGAAGCAUGGAGAAGAUGCCCACGAAGCUGAAGGCACAGGUGGCGAAAGGACAAGAGAUGGAUACUACAACACCGAGCCCUUCAUCCUCUCUCCCAUUGUCAACCUCCCACCCUCGUUCGGGUCUGCCUACGUAGGCGAGACGUUCAGCUGCACCCUAUGCGCAAACCACAAUGCUCCGCCAAUCGGAGAGGGCGGCACCAGCGUGAAGAAGACGAUCCGCGACGUCAAGAUCGAAGCCGAGAUGCAGACCCCUUCAGGGCAAACGACGAAACUAGUUCUGGGUGAUACGGCAGGAGAUGAUAACGCCGGGUCAGGGUCAUCAACAGCGAACGCGGACAACGACAACGUCAUCACCGGCAGUAACGCCAGCGGGGGCGAAGACAGUAACAACGCAACAGAGGCAAAAACAGAAACAGAAACAGUAGCAACCCUCGACCUCCUUCCACCCAGCACCACCCUCCAAAAGAUCCUCAACUUCGGUCUCAAAGAGGAAGGAACCCACGUUCUGGGUGUCACGGUAUCGUACUAUGAGGCUACCGAGACCAGCGGGCGCACAAGGGCGUUUCGAAAGAUGUACCAGUUCAUCUGCAAGCCGUCACUGAUUGUGAGAACGAAAGCCGGUCCUUUGCCUUCUUUGCCGCCUGUUAAAGCGGGGAAUGGAAAGAGGAGGAGGAGAUGGGUGCUGGAAGCACAGCUGGAAAAUUGCUCCGAGGAUGCGAUACUCCUGGAGAAGGCCCAGCUGGCAGAGGUGCAGAGGGGGUUAAAAUGGAGGGAUUGUAAUUGGGCGGGGAUAGGGGUAGGGGUAGGUCAGGGAGAAUCAACAAUGACCGGGGAAGGGAUAUCUCAGCAAAGUCAAGAUCAAAGUCAAGGUCCUCCUAGACGACCGUUUUUGCAACCGGGGGAGUCGGAGCAGCUGUGCUUCAUUAUCGAGGAGAAGGGUGGAGGAGAAGGAGACCGAGAUGAACAAGGGGAAGAAGGAGAGGCGUUUGAGGUCGAAGAGAAGAAUGGAAGAAUAGAUUUUGGAGUCAUGGCGCUGGCGUGGAGGACGGAGAUGGGUAAUAGGGGGUCGUUGUUAACGUUGAAACUGGGCACUAAGCAUGUCAAGCCUCGAUGAUAGUGAUAGCGGUAGGUGGCUGGCUGGCUGAGUGAGUGAGACAGACCGCGGGAUGAUGGUGUGGUGGGUGUGAUGUUUGAGAUAUAGUGUAGAGACUACUGCUAGCCUUCCCCGUCGAGUGAUUUGCAUCGAUUACGGAUCCUUUCUUGUUCCACCAUGAAUAGGUUGCUGCUGUAGAGGGAAAGGCGGAAAGACUGAUGAUGAGUGCUAUGCGUAUUGCCUGU